AUGACUAGAGCUGGAAGACCACUUGAAGAGGUCAGAGAGGCUUGUUUGAUAGGGUCAAGGCUGUUGAUGGGCCGUGUGUGGAAUACGUUCACGGCGCCGGAUGGUAGAAAGUACUACUACAACUCGCGGACGAAACAGUCGAGCUGGCAGAGGCCGGAGUCUUUCAAUGACGAUGAGAGCGGGUGCAAGGGGAAAAGAGCCAAGCUGGUAAGCGAGAUUGAGCCGUUCUACGUGGUUCCUUUGGUCAAUGACUGGAAUCUGGUGAUUUGUGACACUGGAGCGAAGUUUUACUACAAUUCGACGGCGAGGAAAUCCACCUGGACGCUAACAGACACCCAGAGCCUGCAGCUGUUGUCAUCGCUAUCCAAGGAUAAGCUUGUGGUGCUUAUCGGUGUGGCUAGGGGUUAUGACACGGAAAGAAGCGAGCAGAUUUACAAAGAGGUGAUCCACGAGGUGGAGGCUUUGAGAGAGACGCAAUUGCUGGACACGACAAGCGGCCCUGGCACCGGUGAUGAGGCAGGAAAGGAGGAGUCAGACGAUCAGGAAAACACCGGAGGCUUAGUGACGGCGUAUAGCUCAUCUGACGAAGAAGAGGGAGCAGUGGAGAAAGAACAGGGCGGUGAUGGCGAAGAGAGACAGCCGGCUGGGGCCUAUAAUUACGACGUUGACGUUUUUAACAAUCUAGAAACUGGUGGCGAGCCAAUCGAAGGACUCGAGCGGAAUACUGUUGCUCAAGAAGCUCUUUUUUCACUCUUCGAUCGGUAUAGCUGUGAUCCAUAUUCUGCUUGGUCAAUUCAAGCCAAAAAGAUACAAGACGAUCCCGAUUUUCUGAAAGUCUCCAAGGACUCUUUGAGAGAGGAAAUUUUCGAGGAGUGGUGCCAGCAGAAGGUCCGCAAUUAUGCAGCGGGCGGUGCGGGCCAGGAAGUUGAGCCAAGUGAGGACGAUGACGAAGGUACAAACGCAUAUGAUGGUUUAGAGCCUUUGAAGUUCCAUUAUUUGGCGCACAUUGUGUCCAAAUCCACAAUAACGCCAACAACAAUCUUUCUCGACAUCAAAAACGAAAAGAAGACAGACUUCAAGAAGUACAAAAUUAAGCAAUUCGUCGAAUCCAAACGUUUGCAAGAAGCAUUUGUGUCAAAAUUGUUAUUUUAUUACAAAAGGAUGACGACCGAAGAGAGAAAAAACGUCUUCCGGGAGGCCCUGGAUACUCAGCGACAUACCAUCAGAGAGAAUCUACAUAAAAAUCUGCAGACCGUGCGAAAAGCAUUGGAUGAAGCACCCCCAGAUCCGGAUGAUUCAUAUGCCGUUGAAACCAGACUCCUAGAGAUGGAAAACUGGAUGGGAAUUUCUGGCAAUGUACCAAAUCUGGCCGAUGAUCCUAAGUAUUUCGUGCUUGGGAUUAAAGAUAAGAUGAACGAGUCUAUGCAAUAUAUAAAAGAUAUUAUAUGA